UAAAGUGUGUAAUUCAAUUACAACCUAAUUAGUCAAGACUACUGAAUCGGUCUUUGUUUUUCUUUAAAUGCCCACCAUAUCUCUCCUGAUCUUGCACCCAUCUCUCAUUUCGACUCUGUUGUUUACAAGAAAGAACCAAAAAAAAAGCAACCAAAACUACUCAGGAUGGCAAACAACAAACGCACUGCGGCUGGCGACAGAAACAAACGUAUUCAAGUGGAACGGCGCAGGGGCUCGGUGGUGGAGAAAAUCGAGGGCACCGCUAGUCAGAUUGCCAGAUACGAUAACCAUUCAAAUGAAUAUAAGGCCGCCACAAAAGGCACCACUAGUGGAACAAAAGGCACCAGUGGCAGUCGGGGAACAAGAACGGCUUCGAGUUUCAAAGCAGCUCUGCGAAGUGGCGUCCGCAAACUUCUUGCCUCUGGUCUUAAUUUGCUGCAGGGUGCUACUAUCGUGGCCACAAAAAUUGGAGUGGAUGCCGCAAACAAAAUAGGAGGGAUACCCAUCAUUUGUUGCUUCUUUAGUUGCAAAUUUGAACAGAGAAGGAGAAGGAGAAGGCAAAGAUGGACAAAGACUAGGCAAAGAGAAAGUCAAGGGACACGGAAAAGGCAUAGGGAAUAAAAAUGGGAUUGAUCUUAAUAAUCAUAAGAAAGAGUGGCAGACCAAAUGAACAUGAGGAUGGCAAUUCAUGCGUUUGAGGAAUGAGGCUUCUUUUGUUUAUAUUUUUACAUGCGUUUUGAGUUGCAUACGGUUCACAGUCACUACUGCAAUUUGGGGAUGUUUUACUAAUAAGGAUAUGAUAAAUGAAGUAUUUUUUGUUUUG